AUGACAUUUGCACCGCCUGCAGCAAACCUAGAUCCCUCGAUAGACUGGGCCAAACUUGGUCUUGCAGUGACCGAUAUUGUCAACGGUCACGUCGAAUGUAGAUAUGAUGCAGAGGCCGGUAAAUGGCUUGCACCCACUUUUGUGCGCGAUCCUUAUCUUCGUAUACAUGGUCUUGCACCGGGUUUGAAUUAUGGACAACAGGUCUAUGAAGGACUGAAAGCGAGUCGCAACAGAGAUGAAGAGAUCUUGCUGUUCAGAGCGGAUCGACAUGCCAGACGAAUGGCCCACUCCGCUUACUAUGUUUCGAUUCCUCCGAUCCCCGAGGAGCUCUUUCUUGAUAGCGUUCGCCUCGCUGUGGCCGAAAAUGCUGAGUUUGUUCCUCCAUAUGCCACCAACGCAGCACUAUACAUCAGACCGCUAGCUUUUGGUAGUGCAGGACACUUUGCGUUAACUCCGCCCCGGGAGUACCUUUUUUGUGUAUUUGUGCAGCCCUUUGUUACCUAUCACGGUAGCGGUGCAGCCGAUGCCUUAAUUAUCGAUGAGUUUGAUCGAGCUGCUCCACGAGGCACUGGCUCAGCAAAGGUCGGCGGUAAUUACGCGCCCGUCAUGCGAUAUACUGACAAAGCGAGGGCCGAGGGUUUCCCGCUCACACUUCACCUCGAUAGUAAGACGCAGACAGAGAUUGACGAGUUCUCCACUUCCAGCUUCAUUGGAGUCAAGUCAGGCAAUGAUACCGUUUCUCCUACACUCGUUGUUCCAGAUAGCAAAAAUGCGAUUGAAAGUGUGACCAGCGACUCCACUGUUGCUGUUGCCAAGGCAUGGGGCUGGACUGUGGAAAAGCGACCGGUCCUUUACAAUCAAUUAGCCGAUUUCACAGAAGUCAUUGCUGCGGGAACAGCAGCUGCCCUUGUUCCAAUCCGCUCAAUCACCCGCCGCUCUACGGGUGACAAAUUCACGUUUGAGAGUGGCCCCCUGUGCCAGAAGCUCUCUACAUAUCUGAGACAGAUUCAGCGAGGGGAGAGUUCUGAUUUCCCAGAAUGGGUUGAAGUCCUUCAGCCACCUGAAGUGGUGUACAACAAAUAUAAGACUGCGGAACUACCCACCUAUGGAAACGGUCACGAGAACGGCCUCGCGGAAAAUUAA